AUGUCCUUCCUCCGACGAUUCUCCUCAGCCGCAUCCUCCUUCAUCCCUUCCAUCCCCAACGCUCAGGGUAUCCCAGCUUCCCACGUCCCUCGUCGACCCACUGAGACCUUUUCUCGAACGUCCAAAGCGUUCAUAGAAGAAGACGAUAUCGACGAGAAAGCUUCUAGGGCAUCAUGGGAGUUGUCAGAUAACGAGUCCGUCUCUUCCAAGGGAUCAGGAUCAAGUAAAUCCGGAGCUUCUUUCGCUACUUCUUCCGGAUCCAGUGAUCUCGAUAAGAAGAGUUUCGACCAGAGUGAUGAUUCCAGCUCCGAUGAGAGUGACGACUCGAUACUUGAUAGAGGAGGUAGACCAAGGGAUAGAUAUGAUAUGAUGGUCAGACAUCUAUGGAACGUUGCGGAGAGACAAGGGUGGUUCAGAGAUGCAGAUUUUGAUGGUCUCGUGUCCAUUCGAGUGAAGAAGAGAGUCUUGCGAACAUACCCCGAACCUAAAAACUCUAAGAGGGGUGCAAGAGAGUUGGGAAGGAGGAUCAAAGAAUGGGAUGCUGCUAUAUCCACCUUGAAUCCUGAAGUAGCCAUGAAAAUCACUAGUAAAGUCGUGCAAGCCAUCAUGGCUAGAUGUGCUGAAGACGCUAUUGAAAUUACUCUCGAUGUCAACACCCGUAUUCAAAUCCUUGACGAUCUCACUCAACUAGCUGGUGCCCGUAAACAUCAGUUUGCGGCAUUCGUGCGAGCAGAAGCAUGUUUGGUGGUUUGGGCAGAUGAAGUAGAGACCUUGAUUCCAUCCGCCGAAGCUUUGGAACAACGUAUGAUCGCCUAUGUAUGGUCAGGAAGACACCAUGAAUUGAAAUUGCUCGAACCCGAGGACGAGUCUGAGGAUGAGAUCGACGAGAAAGGAGCUGAUGAAGAAGGAUGGGUAGAUAGAGAUGCUGAAAGAGAAAAGGAGCUGGCGGAUGCAGAUGGGGAUGUUGAUGAAGAGAAAGUAGGAGGUAAAGAAGGUGAUUGGGAAAUGAGAGACAGAAGACCAGUCAUGCUUUACGCUCCGCUUGUUUCUGGUUUAGCUAUGAUCUUGACGUUCGUCUUCAUUGGUUCCGGUAUAAGAAACUUGAUCAAAGAAGUUAUGCUUGAUGGCUCAUAUGCUCGUAUGGCACUUAUUGCUACUUCACCUUUUGGUUAUUUGCUCUCCAUUUUCUUCUCCAUCUGUGUUAUGGGUAACUUGUGGCAAAUCUUCGGUCCCGUUGCUCAAUGUCAUCAAAACUCGUCUUUCUAUUCUGGUAAAGCUCCUACAAGGAUGACUGGUAGAUUACCUCAUAUCACCAUCCAGAUGCCUGUCUACAAGGAAGGUCUGGAAGGUGUUAUCAUCCCUACGGUCGAAUCGUUAAAAAAGGCUAUUACUACUUACGAGCGACAAGGUGGUUCGGUGAACAUCUUCGUGUUUGAUGAUGGUAUGCAGUUGUGGGACGAAGAGGAACAAGAGAUCAGAAAGGCUUACUACGAUCGUAACAACAUCGGUUGGACUGCUCGACCUAAACAUGGUAAAGAUGGUUUCAUCCGAAAAGGCCGAUUUAAAAAGGCUUCAAACAUGAACUUCGGUAACAAUCUGUCUUUAAGAGUUGAGGAGAUCAUGGAUGAACUUCGACCUGCUGCCGACGAACAAUCUGACCCUAACUGGCAAUGGACCGACGAGGAUGAGCGAGAAAUCUACGAUGAAGCGCUUGCUACGGCUCUCGAGGAAUCUCAAGGUAUCGCUUGGGCUGCUGGUAAUAUCCGGAUUGGAGAACUCAUUUUGAUCAUUGAUUCCGAUACCAGAGUACCUGAAGAUUGUUUCUUAGACGCUGCGUCUGAAUUCGCUCAAUCGCCCAACAUCGCUAUCAUACAACAUGAAUCUGCGGUCAUGCAAGUUGUCGGUCACUUCUUCGAAAACGGUAUCACAUCAUUCACAACUCGUAUUAACACUGCGAUCUCCUUCUGUGCCGCCAAUGGUGAAGUGGCUCCUUUCGUCGGACACAAUGCGUUCCUUCGAUGGGCAGCUAUUCAAGACGCCGCUUUCAUUGAUGCCGACGAUGGUAUUCGAAAGUGUUGGUCUGAAUCACAUGUGUCCGAAGAUUUCGAUCAGGCUUUACGAUGUCAGAUGAAAGGAUGGAGUUUGAGAUGGGCUUCUUACUCUAACGGUGGCUUCCAAGAAGGUGUAUCUCUUACUGCUGAUGACGAGUUGAAUCGAUGGCAAAAAUACGCUUAUGGUUGUUCCGAACUUCUUUUCCACCCUUUGCGAAAAUGGUUCACCAAAGGCCCUAUCACCCCUCUUUAUCGAUCUUUCGUGUGGGCCGAUGGUAUCCCUCUUCAUUCCAAGAUCUCCGUGUUGGCUUAUAUCUCAUCUUAUUACGCCAUUGCUUGUUCCUUGUUGCUCUCUCUCGUUAAUUGGGUAUUGAUCGGUCUAUUUGACGACGUUUUGGAUCUGUUCUACCUCGAGUCAUGGCAAGUGUUCUUGACAUGUAUUGUCAUCUUCUGUGGUCUCUCCAAUGUCUCCUCCGCCUUGUUUCAAUACCGAUUAAACACCAAUUCACUCGGUAAUGCCUUGGUACAAAACUUCAAAUGGAUCGUUUUCUUCUUUUUCUUUUUCUGUGGAAUGUCAUGGCAUUUGUCAACCGCCUUGUGUGCGCACUUGACUGGAUAUAACAUGCAGUGGGCAUCAACCGUGAAGGAAGUCGAAUUAUCGCAUUUCUUCAAAGAAUGGCCUGCCAUGUGGAAGAGGUUCUGGGAUAUCUGGAUCGUCUCUUGGGUUAUGAUCCUCGGUGUGGCUUUCAUGGCUUCGCCCUUAGUACCUAUGGGUUACAGAAUUACCAACUUUACUUGUAUCCUUCCUCUGAUGGCUCAAGCAUGUUCGCACUUCUUAUAUCCGAUUGUGUUGAACCCCUGGUUGCUGUUGUUCCAGUUCUGA